AUGACGGAGGCGGAAGAAUCCGAGGAAGAAACAGAAUUUCUUCCUUCUUUCACGCAGCCAUCACUUUCAACAUUGGAUACAAGUGAGAUGUCUGAAGUUUCGGAAGACAAAUGGCUGAUACAAAACAAGUCCAAAUCGCUAUCUGCCUCAACCCUUGGAACUCAAUUGCGAAGUGAUCCCCAGAUUUCUGAGAGCAAAAAAAGGUUUAGGAUAAAUAAUGCCGAUAAAGUAUUACGAAUGUGUGCCAUGGCUUGCGCCUGUACCUUUGGUGUUGGCAGCCAUUUUGCGUCGCACAUGAUAGGACCCAUGAAAGGAAUACUAAUGCAGAGACUUGAUCUUACGAACACACAAUUCUCGCUAUUGAUCGCGUCGCUUACAUUAUGUAAUACGGUGAUACCAAUAGUUUCCGGUCUGCUAGUGGCCCGGUUUGGAACCACCAAAAGUUCCCUUGUUAUAACCACAGGAAUUCUAAUAGGAAUGAUCAUUGUAACGACCGCCUGUUGGACAGGAAAUGUUGGGGUCAUGAUUGCUGGAUUUAUAGUAUUCGGCACCGGCUUAGCACCAUUAACGAUCGUCCAAGAGACCAUAAUCGUCCAAUUUUUUUACGGCAAUAGUUUAGGAUUUGCUCUGGCCGUUGGCUUGACGUUUGGAAGAUUGGCAUCCUUUGUUGCAACGGUGUUGGCCGUUCCGUUAUCCAUGAUGCCGCCACUAACCUACCGUAAUCCAUUCAUAGUAGCUACACUCACAUGCCUCGCGUCUUGGAUAAUGAAUCUUAUGUACAUAUAUCUUCUCAGAAAGGCUGACAACCGGAAGGCCAGUGAAGGAGGGGUUGCAAUGCGCAUAGCCGAGAAGAAAAGGGUUCACUGGAAUGAUAUAUUUGAUCUUUCCGACAUUUUCUGGUGGUCAUUGGUCGUGGGAGUUUUGUUUGGGUCCUCGAUGACGCCGUUCCUUCAUCUAUCGAGGUUAGUUCCGAAUAUAUCGAUAUUAACCAGCGAUAUGCCUUACAGAAUAUUAAGAAGGUUUUUUCGAAUUCAUCUGAAUAGCAACAUAAUUAAGCACCGAUACGACAUGAGUGAUUUGAUAGCUUCAUGGGACGCCUCGAUAAUCCUACUGCUCCCAGUAAUAGUGUAUCCAUUUCUAGGACUGUUUAUGGACAAGUAUGGCUGUAGAUUAUGGAUUCUGAUAUUUGGUUCCGCUGCAUUUUUGGUCACCUUUUUAUUAUUGCUGGCACCUCCGGGUACGAUUCAUCCGUUUCCUCCAAUCUUCAUAUUUGCGGCUGCAUAUUCUGUCGUUCCGCUUACCAGCGUCACACUUAUCCCUUUGCUUACAAAACACGUGUCCACCGGCCUCGGGCUUCUUAAAAGCGUAGACAAUAUUGGGGCUACCUUGAGUCAAACGAUCUCCGGAUUGUUGCUCGAUGCGCAUAUGAAACGAUCGUACAAGGUUGAUGAAAAUGGCAUCGAGCGAGGUCACGAGGAUGAUGACCUGGUGGUCCUGAGGAUGUUUGCCUUCAUAAGCGUGUUGGGCCUCAUUAGUUGUUUGGUAUUCUGGUGGGCGGAUAAGAAAUAUAAAAGGGGUAGCCUCAAUGCAAAGGCUGAUGGAAGUCACGAGAAUAUUAAAAUUUAUGGACACCUUGGUGACGAGGAAGAUGAGGGACAAUUGAUGCAAAUGCACAUAGAAGAAGAACCAAGUAUUUCAAAAGCGGAAGCAUCACAAAUGAGAAAGAGAGUCACGAUAUAUCUGUGGAUCAUGGGUAUGUUGCUGGGCGUUUGUUGGACCGUAUUUAUGGUUGUGGCCAUUCAGAAGGGUGGGGUGCAUGCUAGUGUUGGUCCCAAAGCAUCCGAGGACUUAUAA